CUGCAGCCUUUCAAAGACCAAUAAGUCUCGUCUUCAAAGUCUGCGUCUUUAGAAGGACCCAGCUCUCAAAUCGCAAGGCACAUAAAAUCCAUUUGAACCGUUUCCAACACGGUAAGUGCGGCUGGCUUCAUUUCCGAGUAGGUAUUGCCCACUUGACCGCAGUCUUUAUCCGUCUGUUUAACUAAUUGAAGUAUCAGAUUGUCCGAACUUUUAAACCUUGAAGUGACUUCACGUGACAACGAUGACUUUGGUGCUGCACGUCGAUUAAGUCGAGCAUCACCCCAACAAAUCAAGUGUUUAAAGACUGACUCUCUAUCCAUUUGCUUGUGUAGGGGACUGAUCAGAGGAUCAGAGAAUUAUUAGGGUAUAAGAGCAUAAUUUUGACCUGAAGUUAUGAAUUUACUACUUCCUUUACUUUUUCAAGCUGUUUUUCUGUAUGAGACGUUUGCAUGGCAAGUGACAAUGCCUAAGGAAAUUCAUGGCCUCAAAGGUUCCUGUCUGGUUAUACCGUGCUCUUUCUACUACACAUCCUACCCACCUACUAACCCACAUAGAGUUGUGUGGUAUCAGUGGGUCUCUCAAGGCUACCCUUUAGUAUACGAUCCCCGGUAUCCAUAUGACGUCAUUGGCAAGUUCAGAGGAAAAACUGAUUUAUACGGCAACCCAUCAAAACGGAGUUGCAGUCUGCUGAUCAAAAGUGUGGAUCUGUCCCACCAUGGAGAGAAAUUAUAUGCAUGGAUUGACCCAGAAAAUGUUGGAAAGAGCACCUACAGGUUUUUUGAUGUCACCUCCAUGAUUCUUGUUGACACAGAACCGUCGCAGCCCAUCAUCAAAAUUAAUGGAGGGGCAAGGACCGGUGACAGCAUUACAGUGACAUGUUUUACCUUACACACCUGUCCAUACAGCAAACCAAACAUCACUCUGAACGGUAUUGAAGGAUCUGAUCAAAUAGUGGAUGUUGAAAUAAAAAAUGGUCAAAGGAAAAUCAUUCUGACACGCACCGGUGUUGUGAAGGCUGAACGCUCAGAUAUUGAGUGUACUGUAACACAUUAUGGAGGCAUAACAACAAGAGCUAAAACGAACAUAGAUUCAGCAUGUAUUCCUUACAGUAUAACCAUUGAGCCUAAACAGGCAGAUGUCACAGAGGGUGUUGCAAGGGACUUCAAUUGUACCGUCCACCAUUCCUGCCAGAAUAAUCCUCCAAUCCUAUCCUGGAACUAUGAGAACAUGCCGGUGAAAUAUGGAAAGAAACAACCUAAAGGGUUUGCAUUGGUCACCAUAAUAUUUUUAGGUGAAAAGAAAGAUGAUGGGAAGAAAUUGAUCUGUACUGCAAACUUUUCUGGACACAAAAUCACAGCAUCUGUUGACUUACAUGUAAAACAGUAUGAAGCCAAACCAGACAUAAUCAACAAGAAAACUGAAGUCCUGUAUGAGGCAGAUGUGGCACCCAAGAUCACCGCAUUAACCCAUUCCUGUGUGGUGAUACCCUGCACUUUUAACAUGGAAGAGGUACUUGCAGCGCAAAUUCGAGCUCGUUGGGUCUCGAAAAAAGGUUACAUGUACCACACCGGACCGAGCCGCAUCUCGGACAACUUUAGAGGCCGCACAAGACUGCUUGGAAACCCAGAUGAACAAAACUGUACGGUCGAGAUUGAUGAUGUACAAGACCAUGAGAAUGGACCGUUCUGUUUCCAAGCAGAAAAAGAAGUCGAAUACAAAUUUAACAACAGCUGUGUGUUCAUUCUGAUGCGAGCCCAACCCGACAUUCCUGUGGUGUCAUCACUUCCUGAAAACAUUGAGCCCGGGACGCGCGUCACAGUAAAAUGCUCAGUCAAGCACACCUGUCCCUCUCAUCCCCCCGGCAUCACCUGGAGCAUCCCGACUGCCCGAGAAACAGUCAGCCACCGGAGCAUGAGCGGAGGAGUCUGGGAAACAGUCUCCACUGUGACCUUUAUCCCGACCGGAUACGAAGAGAUAGAUGAAAUUGUUUGCAAUGCAAAGUUUUGGGGUGAUAAAGUGAAGAUGGUUAAUGGUUCAACUGAACUGAGUGUCAGAAGAAUUCAAGGUGUUGGAAUGGAGAUUUAUGGGCCGUGUGUUAUAGCUCCCGUACUUCUGCUCCUGCUUUGCGCUGCAGUUAUCAUAUUCAAGAAGAGACGCAGUUCUAGGAUGUCUGAAGGAAGAGCUGUCUGGAAUAACAGUACAGGAGAUGAGGAUUACAACAGAUAUCAGUAAAAUACGGACUUGAGAUCAUUGUCUUUUUAAGAAACGUGAAAUCUUAUUAGAGAUUAUGGUUGAGCAACCAGCAAAUUUACCAGAAGGAGGUACAUGAAUGUUGUUCUGUACAUCACUCUUGUUUGAGUUCUAGUUCCUGGAAAUUAAAAUAUUUUUAUAAUUAGUUAUGUAUAUAUCUAACAUGUUUAUAUAGUAAAAAUUGACAUAAUUCCAAGAUUUUGCAUUUUCUUUUUGCUGUGACAGUAAUACAAGUGUUUGUUAUUUUCUAGAAAUACCACAAAGAUUUUAAUGGUUUUAUACCUGCAUAAAGCUGACUAACACUUUCAUGGGAAUAUAGUUAUAAUUUUGAUAUAAUACUCAUGAUGUAUUCACAUGAAAAAAAUGUGCAGUAAUGUUUUUUAGAAAACUUUUUACUAAACUAAACAUAUCUGCUAACAUUCAACAUCAGUAAAUGCUAAACACGCAGCAGCAAAUACAAAUGUUUAAUUUAACUAUUAACUCAUUUUUUAAUUGAAAACCCUGUGAAGCAAUUUAGUGAAAAUAAAAUGUUA